AUGUCCGAAAAUGCUUGGUUGCAUAGCGGAGGCAACGAUCGUUUGUGCGGAGCUGAUUGGUUGUGCGCACUUAUCGAACUCCGCCUUUCUGUUCAAGCCAACCCUCCGCCUACCAACUUUCUAUCGUAUAUGCCCAGAAAGCAUAUCUCACUGCAGGUAUUUCACUUCAUCUUAUCAGUCAUCGAUUGCCAUCAUCUUAACCAUGUGAAGUACGUAUCGUAUUAUGUGCAAUCAUGUAAACGAAAUAAAAAUGACUGCAGCACAGCUUAA